AUGCCUAUAUCACUUGAAGAUGAACUUGAUAUGGUCACCGAACAAGAACGUAUAGAUAAUUUAUCAUCAACACAAUCUUCAAGAGAAGCCCGUGCAAGAGAUGCACAGGCCGAAGCAACUUUCCAUGGAACGAACGUGAAAAGUUUCACACGACGCGAACAACAAGAACACCACCAACGUUUAUUAAACAAAGAAAUGAACAACUUUAUACAACACUUCCCUAACGCUUGCCAAGUAUUGAAAGCUGGUCAUACGUUUAACCAUACCGAUUCCUCCACAUCGGACGAUACGAAAGAAGUUGAAGCACGACCUAACAAGCGAAAUGUCGCUACUAAUCGCAAUUUAAAUUUUUCACACAGCACUAUAGACUUGAAACGAUUAUGUCCUUCUCCGGAACCUCUUCUUGAAUCCCUGGAAGCGGACCUUCUACAAUCGCCAAAUUUUCUUUUUAAUUUUAGUUAG